UAAKUUGUUUAACUAAAUUUUUAUUGWGUAUUAUUAUUGAUUUUAAUUAAUUACAUACCUAUUGUUUUAUUUUUAUAURUUUAAACACUAAUCAACUAUGGCUGUAACUCAUUGUUUUAUAAAUUUAUUAUUUUCCUAUUCUUAAAUGUUUCUAAAUUUACCCWUGUAAGACCUAUCUAAAUACUCACAAUCUGUAAUAUGAUUGAUACCUAUUGUAUAAUAUAAAAAGUUUUGGAUACAAAAAAAGUAUUUAAAAAUGGCUCCACUAAUAAUUGAUUUUGAAAAAGUAUGUCGAUUAUGUCUUCGAGAUGAUGAUGGGCAAAGUAAAAUGAUAUCAAUAUUUGAAAAACCAAAUCUUGAAGAGACUAUAAGAAAUUGUGUUCAAAUUGAGGUGUUAUCAAAUACUGAUGAACCAACUAAUAUAUGUACUAGUUGCAUAUUAAGUUUAGAUUCUUGGGUCAAAUUCAAAUUGCUGUGUGAUAAUACCAAUGCAUUCUUACAGCAAUACAGACAGGAUAAGAACGAGUCUGACCUAGUGUUCAAUUAUGACAUGACAAACUUAGGACCAAUGGGAUUCACACCUUCUCAAAUGUCAGACUUGAGCAUCAGUUUUUUUGAAAGUGAUUCCUUAUGGAGUGGUUUAUCACAACCAUGGAAUGAAAUUGAUACUGUAUGUACUGAUUCAACUAUUCCAAAAUAUAUGAAAAGAGUACAACCACCUGAAGAUUUAAUUAAUGACACAAUAUCUGGUAAGGAAUGUUUGGAUAUAGCCUUAAGUGUAUUCAGUAAAAAAGACACUAAUUUUACAUACACCAAAGCCAAUUGGUGGAAUCCCAAAGCUAUUUCUAUGAAAAAAAUACAGAAGGAAAAUGAAAAACCUAUUUUAAAAAAUGGGAUUUCAAAAUCAAUGACUAAAUAUAAUCGAUAUCAACGUAAAACAUAUUCCUGUAAUGUAUGUUCAGAAACGUUUUCAAAAUUCAAUGAUCUCAUUGUACAUGAUUCAAAUGUGCACUCUGACAUGACUAAGAACUUUAGUUGCAAAAUUUGUGGAAAGCUGUUUUUAUCUGAAGAACGUCUACAGAUACAUGAGAAGGUUCAUAGAGAAAAAUUGUAUGUGUGUCAAAUAUGCCAAAAGAAGUUUACUCAACAGAAGACUCUUGAUAUACAUUUGAAUGUUCAUAUUGGUUUAUACCCUUGUCAGAAAUGUGAUUUUAAAGCUCAAACAAUGUACAAUUUAAAAAUUCACGAAAGUACUCAUUCAAAUGUCAAAGAGCAUUGUUGUCAAGAAUGUAACAAGGAAUUUUCAACUGUAUCAUCAUUGCGAAGACACAAUCGUCUAGUUCAUCAAAAGUUAGUUUGGUUCCGAUGUGAUCAAUGUAAUUACUCUACAAGCCAGCCAUCAAAUAUUAAAUAUCAUAAAUCUAUCCAUGAACCACAAAAUUGUGUUUGUGAUCAUUGUGGUGCAAGUUUCAAAAACCGAGAUUUGUUCAUGAUACAUAUUAAAACACACGAAGAAGCAAAGUUAAGUUGUGCUCACUGCACAAAGUUAUUUAAAAAAAAGUCACACCUCAAAGAACAUUUGAGCAGCUGCUAUGCACUGGGGCCUAGCAUAAAGAAAUUUAAAUGUGAUGUGUGUGAAAAAUCCUUCGCAAGAAUCAAGAAAUUGAAUACUCACAAAAAUAAAUAUCAUCCAAUUAUUAAUGACAUUUAAUAAUUUAAAAAAAAAAAUGUUUUUUCUUAGUAUUUUUCACAGAAUUACAAAUACUAUAAGUUAUUGUUAUACUUAUAACAUAUACCAACAUUUUCAUUUAUUUAAACAAUCAUUAAUUUAUUAGGUAUCAUUCUACUCAAUGCCAAGUGACUUUUAAUUGUUUUAAUAAUUUUAUCAU